GGACUGGAGCCGCGCACUCUCCAUGCUCAGUCAGGCUCGGAACCAGGGUUUGGAGCUUUCCACCAUCGCCUUCAACUCCGCCAUCGAUGCGUGUGACAAAGGCUUCCAGUGGACCAUGGCUCUGCACCUCUUGGGCGAGAUGUCGCAACUGCAAGUGCCUCCGAGCACUUCCUCGUUCAACACGGCGCUCCAUGCCUGCGGCGACUGUCGGCGAUGGCAGCGCCUUUUGGACGGCUCCUUGGCGCUCUUUGACGCCAUGGAGCUCCAUGGCUGCAAACGCGACCUUGUGUCGAUGAAUGGUGCCAUGGCGGCUCUCGUCAGAGCUCAGAUGUGGGCGAAGGCGCUGAUCAUUUACGAGGACAUCUCCCAGUCAGAUUAUCGACCUGAUGGGGUCACGUGGACUUGUUUGAUCUCAGCCCUCGGGGCGGGCCAACAGUGGGAGGGCGCUUUGAACCUCUUCUCCAGGCUCGCUUCGGAUCGCCGGCCAAGCAUCAUCAUUUGCAAUGCCGUCCUGGGCGCUUUGGAGCGCGCUGGCUGCUGGGAGCAAGCGCUGAGAUUCCUGCGAAGCAUGGACAGAGGUGCGAACUCCGUGUCCUACAGUGCGACCAUCACUGCCUGCGGCCGAAGCAGUCGCUGGGAGUGGGCCGUUUGGCUGCUUGCAGAGCUUCGGCAGAAGGGACGUAAGCACGUCGAGGCAGGCCGGCGAUGGGCUGUCGCCUAUCAUGCCGCAGUGCAAGCCUGCCGUCCUCGCGGCCGAUGGGAGGAGGCCUUGUCGGUGCUGGGCGCCAUGCGCCUGGAAGGGCGUGGGGCCGACAGGCCGACGUUCACUGCGGUGGUGUCCGUGCUGCAGGCAGACGGCCGUUGGAGGCUCUCGCUGGGUAUCCUGGAGGAGAUGCAGGAGUCGCGGCUUGAAGCUGACAUCGCCACCUACCGCGAGGCCAUCAUGACCUUGGAAGAGGAUACACAUUGGAGCAAAGCCCUCGACAUGAUCGACGAGGUCCGAGCUGUGCGGCUCCACGCCGACCAGCGCACGCUCAGUGCUGCCAUCGAGGUCCGUGUGGCAGGACCAGCGAGAGGCUCCGUCAUCGUCUUGGGUGCUGGAACAGACAGUGUAAAUGGAGCCUACGCCGCGAGCUCGCCGCAUGAAAGCCACAGCUGGGUGGACGAAGCCAGAGGCUACUACGUCCUCUCCCCUGCUACCGCGGGUACACAAGUGGGCCUCAUAGAUCUCUACUACAACAAGGACAGCGGUGGCUGGAAGAUCUCCGUUGAUGGCCACGAGCACUACCACUCAGACUGUCUCACGGAUACUUGCAGCACCCCGGCACCUACGCUGGCACCCUCGGGGCCCACGUCGGGAAGCCUGGGCUCGGUCGUCUCCUACGCUGCGCUCGGCGUGGUCGCAUCCGGCACCCUCUGA